AGGCGCGCCAUAGAGGGAGUGGUGGACAUCACAAAGCUCUGCCUGAUGGAGAUGAACCAGCAGGAACUGGCCGACACACUGAGGGGCGGAAUGGUCUCUGCUACCACUUCCGGGUCUGAAGAGAACUUCUCAUGUCCCAUCUGUCUGGAUGUGUUCAACAGCCCAGUCUCCACACCAUGUGGACACAACUUCUGCAGAACCUGUAUUACAAAGUUCUGGGAUGACAAAGACCAGUACAAAUGUCCAGUUUGCAACGAGCUCUUUCACACACGACCUGAUAUACAGGACAAUACCCUCUUAUCAGAGAUGGUUGAUCAGUUUAGAAGGUCUGUAAGAGUAAAAGAGCAGCCUUGUGUUGAACCUGAAGUUCCCUGUGACAUCUGUACUGGGACCCAGCUGAAGGCCGUGAAGUCCUGCCUAGUGUGUUUUAUCUCAUACUGCCAAACCCACCUGGAGCCACAUCAGAGAGUCACAGUUUUGAAGCGCCAUGAGCUGGUCGAGCCUAUGGACCGUCUGGAAGAGAAGAUGUGUAAGAAACACAACCAACCUCUGGAGCUCUUCUGCCAGACUGAACAGGUGUGUGUGUGUCAGUUAUGCACGGUGACGGACCACAAGUCCCAUCCUGUUGUACCUCUGAAGGAGGAAUAUGAAGUGAAGAUGGCCCAGCUGGGCGAGAUCGAGUCUGAAGUUCAGCAGACGAUCCAGGAGAGACAACGAAAGAUUGAGGAGAUCAAGGAUAGAGAGGAACGCUGCAAAGCAGACGCGGCCAGUGAGAUCGCCCCUGGUGUCCAGGCCCUCAAUGCCCUGAAGGACUGCAUUGUAGAUGGCCUGGAAAACCUAGACCAGAUGGUUAAAGAGAAACUAAAAUCCACAGAAGAACAAGUUUCAGGCCUAGUCAAAGAGCUGGAGCAGGAAAUAGAAGAUAUAAGGUCAGAGGUGAAGCAGCUCUCACACAUUGAAGACCCCCUCCACUUCCUCCAGACGUUGAGAUCCCUGAAUAAUCCUCCAGACACCAGGGACUGGACGACGGUGGAGAUCCACUGUCCGUCAAUGAUAACGUCCUACAUAGACAACCUGGACAGGCUGAUUCACACACUGAACAGGAGCAUGGAUAGAGUGCCUGACCUGGAGUCAGCUCUAAAGAGAUAUGGCCGUAGACUUACACUGGAUGGAUACACAGCCCACAAAGAACUCUCUUUGUCUCAGUACAACAGAACGGUGACAAUGGAUAAAAGGAAUCGUUCGUAUUUUGAUCACCCAAAGAAAUUCGACUCCUUGCACCAGGUGUUGUGUAGAGAGGGUCUGACUGGCCGCUGUUACUGGGAGGUAGAGUGGGAAAGAAGUGUUGAGAUAGGAGUGACAUACAGAGGAAUCCCAAGGAAAGGAAAUGAAGGGGGUCUUGCACGGCACAACCAGGCCUGGUGUCUUUAUUGUCGGAGAGAUCGUUACACCGCCUGUCACAACAAUAAGACACGCACAUAUAUCCGCCCCGAUGGCUCCACCAGAGUAGGAGUGUAUCUGGACCGGCCUGCUGGCACUCUGUCCUUCUACAGAGUGUCCCCAGAUGGGGAAGAUUCCUCAGACACACUGAAACACAUCCACACCUUCCAGUCCACAUUCACAGAGGAACUCUAUCCUGCGUUUGGAAUGUGUGGGUAUGAUUCCUCAGUGAAGCUGUGUUAGUUGUAGUCAAACAUAUACAUGUACGCGCGCACUGUCAAGUAAGGUCGAUUGCUUGGAGUCCAGGAGACAGGGCGGAGGUGGAGAUGUCUGUGGGCGGAUAAGGGCUGGGGAGGCAUGGGCUGUUGGGGAAUUACCAAGGCCUAGGGGGAUGUGGGGGUUUUACCAGCAGGGGCUGAAGGAUGUUAAAGAGGCAUGGAUUUACUUAUGUCAGUAUUACUUAUGUAUCAGUUUUACGUAUCGGUUUUAUUCAUGUAUCAGUUAAAAAUCAUAGAAUCAUAUAUCAUGUUUUAGUAUCAUCAUAAAUCUAUCAUUUUCUUUGUUUUAGUAUCAUCAUAAAUCUAUCUUCUUUUUUUAUAUCUAUCAUUCAUUAUAGGAUUUAUCAUGUUGUUUUGACAUAAUCGAUUAUGGAAGGAAGCACUUAAAAAGAUGAAAGCACUUGUUGGUAAAAUUGUGUUGUCCUACACUUAUGACAUGUUGUAUUGUUGUAUUGUUUGACAUUUUAUGAUCUUACACAUAUGAUAUGUUGUAUUGGUGUAUUGUUUAUCAUUAUAUGGUGUAUUUGACUUAUUAGUAUAAUUUGUGGAACAAGUAAGAACAAUCUGAAGGCAGAGCACGUGCCUGAGAGUAUCCCUUCCAUGCGAGUUAGAAAGGUACCAAGGUCACAGUGACCUGAUGCAGGCCAGCUGCAUAGGAUAGAUAAGAGAAAGGGGAGGUAACAGAGGUAAAACUUCUAUAAAAAGGGCUGGAAGACGCAGAGACAACGAGAGAUCAACCCGACGGGGGCUCUAUGCAGGAGAGCCCUGGGCCCUUUGCGAUCAACAGACUUUUGGACUUAGAAAUAUUAGGACAUCCUCUCUCCAACACUCUACAGAUACCUGCAGCCUUACCCUCCCGGUGCAAGGGGAGAUCUCUGCCAUAGCCCAACAGGGCUGUGAAGGCUACUGGCUGUGGGACCAUCUGAUGAGACCUUCCUGGCUGUGGGACCGUUUGACGAGACCGACCCUCCGUGCCCGAGGAGAGAUAGAGAACCCCUCUCUCUCCCUCUGUCGACACUGGAGCAUCCCAUACCAGCGCGGCUCUCCAUCUUCACACAGCUGAGGGAAGUGUUGGAUGUAGUGUAGAGAGGUAAAAAUCAGGUAUCUAAAUUAUUGUAGAUUAAAUCAGAUUUAUAGACAAACCCACCCAGAUGUGUUCCAGAUGUAUUUUAUGUCACUUAUUUAGAAGUGUCACUGACGGCAUUUUAUUGGUCACUACAUUAUAUGUAUUAUCAUACUUUUUUGAUGGCCUUUAUCGCUUGCUGCAAUGUCCCGGAUAUUAAUCCUGCAAAUAAAACUAUAUUCAAACCA